AUGCGUAUUUAUGUUUUCAAAGAUAUUCCUAAUGUGAUCGAAGAGAAAGUGAUUACAGGAUUCCUAUGGAAAGUUGACAUUCUUUUAGAAAACCAACAAAAUGAGAUAUUUUUGUUAAAAACAGAAAACUUUAAUCUGAAAGAACUUGGUCAAAUUAGUCGUCGUUUGAGUGAAGAACACAAAAAGUCUUCUGAAGUCAAUCGUCUGCGUGAAGAA